AUGGAAAUGAUUAAGUAUCUUAAGUAUCUUAAGAUAUAAUAUUUAUGACUAGGGAUAAAAUAUAUAAAAAAUUGCAUUAAUAAAUAAUGUCUUCAAAAAUAUAAGCUUUUCUUAAAGGUAAAAUAGAAAUAAGAAAAAGAAAGUAAAAAAAAAAUUUAUUAAUAAUUUAUUGAGAUGAAUGAAUUUUGGUAUUUAAAUAUUGUAUAUAAAUUAAGUACUGCAUUAUACUUAAUAGAAUUAUAAAUUCUUUAAUUAUUUUAUUUUACUUUGAAUACAAAUAUAUACAAAUAUAUGUUUAAAUAAACAUGAAAAUUGAAGAAUGACAUCAUAUAUAAAUUAAAAAGGACAUUAUGUAUCAUAACAUUUUAAGACAGAGGACAUAGAAUACAGAUGCUGUAGCCUCUGACUUCUAACAGAGAACUAUAAAUAGCAUUUGAUGCCUGAUGUAUUUUCACAUUCUAUUUUCGCAAAUCCAUGAAAUGCCUAAACUUCCUCUUACUAUCACACUUAAAUAAUAGUAACAAAUAUGAUAUAGUUUAUGCAAAAUAAGUUAUUUAUAUAUGCUUUUUUUGAGCUAAGUCAUUUUUGCUAUAGAUAUAUAAAUGCUUUAUGAAUGAUUCUAGUUCAAUUUACUAAUUAUAUAACUAUAAUGCAAUUCAUUCAAUAAAAUUUAUAAAUUGAAUAUACUUCAGCAAUAAUGCGAGCAAUAAUCAAAGAUUAUAAUAAUUUUGAUAUAUAGUAUAGAUAUUUUGAUAUAAUAAGUGCUAUUUUCCUGAUAAUUUCUUGUAAACACUAGAUUCAAAUAAAAAGAUACUUUUUUACUAAAAAAUAUAUGUCAAUCAUUUUUUAAAUACAUGACCUAUAUUUACAUAAAUCAAUAAAAAAAAAUUUAUUUUUAUUAUAAUAUAUAAACAAUUUGAUUUUGAUUUUUUAUAAGAUUUUCUUCAUCCUUUUCAUUUUUCAUACAGAUAAUAAAUAAUACAGAUAUUAAUAAUUAUAAAAUAUUAUUUUAUAUAAAUAUUGUUUUACCACAAUAGUAAUAAUUUAAAUAUUUUUAUUUUAUCUUUAUCUUAAGUUUGAUAUAUUUCAUAGUUAGUAUAACAGAUUAAAUUGAUAUUUUAAAUUUACUCGUUUAAUAAAAUAGAUUGAAUGUAUGAUAGUAUGAAUCAAUACAAUAUUUAUUAAUAUUAAAUCCAUUGUUAAAUCCAUAUAUCAAAAAUAUAUACUAAUUUAUAAAAUAUUUAAUAUUAAGUUCAAAUAAACAUCCUCUUUUAUGAUUUUAGACUUUAUUUGCAUAAAAUUAAUAUUUCAAUUGAUAAUUAUGAAGUCAAAUUAAUUCUUACAGGUAUAAUUGUUAUAAAUUUUGAUAUGAACAUGAAAUACAAGAAAAUUGAUAUAGAUUUUUAAGAUAAGAGGAUAGUAGAAGAGGAAAGAUAAGAUUUGAUUGCAUUUGCCGAGUUAACUAUGCUAUUUAAUUAACUUAUUAAUAAAAUAAUCAGAUAAACAGGUAUAAGUGUAAUAAUUUUCUUGAUUUUGAAAAUUUUAUUUGCUACAUAUAUAUAUAAACAAUAAUCACAGAGGGAUGGGAGUGGGGGAUUGAACAGUUUUGUCGAGUGUUAUCAGAGGGAGUAGUUGUAUGGCUUGAAUUGCGAGAGAUAGCGGAAGCGUAUAUUCUGUGGCGGAACUACAUUUGCAUCUUUCUUCCAUUAUUAAAUGUGACAUUGUAGAUUACAGGCGUGAAAGAAAAUUUGAUUGAUUACAGUUAAAUUAGACAGUUAGAGCAAGCAGUAGCCAUCUUGCAAUAA